AGAUGUUUCCUCCCUUGCAUUUUUGGCUAAAAUCAAUGCCAUACUGUGCCACCCACAUCACCAUUUACAAUUGACUACCUAUCACUUCAUUAAGAAAUGACUGGAAUACCAAAAGACUUGUCCUCAUUCGAGCAGAGUAGCGAGGCUGCUUCGUUCUUGCAGGAGCGAUUGCCUGUCCAUCUGAAAAAACCUCGUGUCGCAAUUGUCUGCGGCUCUGGAUUAGGAGGACUCGCCGAUACCAUUCAUGAUGCACCAAGAUCAGAAUAUGAUUACUCUUCUAUACCUCACUUUCCUCACCUUACAGUGGCGGGGCAUGCGGGAAAGCUGGUUUUCGGACUACUCAAUCAACAAUUGCCAGUUGUUUUGAUGGUUGGUCGUGCGCAUUACUAUGAAGGCCAUUCCAUUCACCAAAUUACAUUUCCUAUUCGGGUUUUUAAGCGAUUAGGUGUUGAUACUGUAGUCUUGACUAACGCUGCUGGAGGUCUUAAUCCUGAAUACGCGGUUGGUGAUAUUGUCUUAUUGAAUGAUCAUCUUUUUCUAGCUGGUUUGUCAGGCACCCAUCCACUACGAGGACCAAAUGUGGAAGAAUUUGGCCCCCGGUUCCCUCCUUUAUCAGAUGCCUAUGACCUCGAACUUCGUCGCUAUGUGCAUAAAUCCUGGCAAACAGUGAUGCAUCGGGAAAGCAGACGUAGACUUCACGAGGGCGUGUAUGCAUUUGUCGGAGGCCCAAGGUGAGUGGCGCUCAUAUAUGUACAACUUCACUUGCUGAUCAUGAGCAGCUAUGAGACCAGAGCUGAAUGUCGUAUGCUUCGUCAGCUUGGCGCAGACGUGGUUGGUAUGUCAACUGUGCCGGAAAUAGUCGUCGCUAGACACUGUGGCAUCAAAGUUCUAGCUCUCAGCCUGGUGACAAACAGUGCGGUUCUUUCUCCCGUCCCCCGCGGAGAUGAUCAUCUCCUCCAAGGCAAAGGCUCCAGUGAAUUAGACGCUAUCCUGCAAGAAGGCAAGGCAAACCACGAGGAAGUUCUUGAAGCUGGUCGCUCUGCAGCAAUUGAUAUGCAGG